AAUUUUACGUAGAGGGGCGGAGUAAACAAACUUGACGGCUCGUGGUGUUCAACUCUGCAGCUUGCAAACGGUUGAUCCACCGCAGGGACAUCUCGACUGCCACGUAACCGACAGGCACCACGAUGGAGAGAUCUGUGAAUAAGCUGACUUCUAAAAAGGUCAAGCCGCUUAAACCAAAGCAUGUGCAGAUCCUCACCGGCGCCUCAUGGCAGCGAGAGAUACCAAUUUCCGAGCUAUUUCGUUGCAUCAAUCACAGAUUGAGGGAAAACCACUGGGUGAUUGCGUUUAAAGCGUUGAUCACGGUCCAUAUACUGAUGCGAGAAGGGGCAACAGACCGAGUGAUUGGAUUCGUUGCUAGCAACCCUGGCAUGUUGAAUAUGUCAAACUUUCGGGAUCGAACAAAUUCUCCAGUUGGAUAUCAGCAAUCUAAGAAUCUUCGCGCAUAUGCAUUGUAUCUUGAAGAGAAGGUUGUUGGAUAUCGAGAGAUCAAAGUGGACUUUGUCCGAUCGAAGCCAGAAAUCAUUGCGCGUCUUCGCUCCUUGCCGGUUGAAGAGGGCCUGCUCAAAGAAGUGGAGCUGCUCCAAAGGCAAAUCAAUGCCUUGUUAAGCUGUACAUUUUAUUUGGAAGAGAUCGACAAUGUCGUGACACUUCAGGCGUUCAGGCUACUUAUCGGUGAUAUGAUGGCUUUGUUCCAUCUGCUGAACGAAGCUGUUAUUCGCAUACUAAGUGAAUAUUUUGAGAUGUCAAAAUCCGAUGCUACUCGAGCAUUGCAGAUCUAUAAAAACUUUGCCACUCAAACCACGAAAACUGUCGAGUUUUUUGACAUUGCCAGAAGAUUGAGACAUGCGCUUGGCCUGGAAGUCCCGGAUUUCAAGCAUGCACCGAUUUCUUUGGCAGGUGCAUUAGAGGAAUAUUUGAAAGCACCGGACUUUGAAGCCCAGCGUCUAGCAUAUAAGGAGAAGAAGGCAAAUAAAAAUUCAGAUACAUCUAAGCCCGCAGGGACAAGGGAGCCGCAAAACACAGUCGCUCCCAAAAAGCAGGAAGAACCCGGAAUCGACUUCUUUUCGAGCUUAGAUGAGGAGCUAAAUGCCCUCAAUUCGCCAUCAGUCCAAGCACAGUAUGAUACUUCGGAUGCAUUCGGGUCCUUUUGGGUACCAAAUAGCGCGAGCAACCCGUUUGCACCUGGGGGACAUCAUGACACCAACCCCUUUGCGGUCAAACAACAGGAACUUCAAAAGCAAACACAGGACAUCAAUAAUCAGCUGGCCCUCUUACAAGCGGGCCUUUCGACGCUUACACAGCCAGCUCCAUCUAAUCAGUUGGUACUGGGGAAUCAAUCUUUCCCAUUGCUACAGUCCAGCGCUUCCCCCUUUGGGGCAUCUCAGUCGCAACAAGCAGACGACAACGCGUUCACAGUGGAAAAUGUAUUUGGGAACCCGAAUGUGUUUGCUAAUACCGGAAUGGGACAAUCCAGUCAGGGUCUGGGUAGCGCGUUCGGCGCUGCACAAACAUCUCAACCCAACCGGAGCAGUUCCGACCCAUUUGCUAGUCUUACGGUCAUUCAGCAAAAGUCUCAAAAUCCAACCCUCGAUCCCUUCAAUCUGAGCCGUCCAGUCGGCAUCAUCAGUCAGACUUCCCCGCACAACCCGUUCGGUCCGCCAUCGUCCACAAUGGGCAGUUUGCAGCAACCGACCGUGAGACCAGCGUUACUCCAACCGCAGUUGAGCAAUCCCGUACUAGGGCAGUCCAAUUACGUAGCAACCACCAGCAUGCCUGGGUCUAUUAAUAUGUUUGGAAACAGUGGCAGCAAUCUACUCUCAACAUCUGCCGCGACACAAAAGAGUUCUUACCCGAUUGGCGGAAGUACAACUGGAGCGGUGGGAAUGGGUGCUCUCGGGAAUGUUGGCGUGAUAGGGAACCCAAGUUUUAGCACUAGCACGCCGGCGUUCAAUCCAUUUACGCAAACUGGUGCACCUCUGGGUUCGACAUCAGCACAAACUCGACCUGCUUUCAAUCCUUUCGCUCCAACAGGGAGUGGAGGAAUGGAUAACUCAUUUGGUGGAUACCAGCCUACUCCCAACCAGCAGCAGACGGUUUUCAAUCGCAACUCAUCGCUCAUCUGAAUCCGAUUAUUAAGUACUCCCUUGGUAUAUUUCCUGCGCGUUGGCGUGGAGCCUCAUUCAUUAUUUGUAAUGCAGACAAUAUAUUUCUACUGCACCUUGAGGUUACUCUCUCUCGGUGUUAUAAUGGCUAAAUAACCACAAAUAGGCGCACACGUGUUUUGCAACCAUAUUUCAAAAAAUACAUGUAUAGAUAUAACAG